AUGCUUUCGCUCCUCACUGUCGUUUUUUCCUGUACUUUGGCGGCUAAUCCAGUCUUCGCCGGGAGCCGUACAUGGGAAUCUUCUAUCGUUUACACUCAUCCUAGCUACACUGAACUUUAUGGCGACCCUUUCACUCUUGAGAAGGCGAACUCUACAAUCGGCACGGCCUCUCAGAGGUCCGUGACUACACUCAAGAAGCGCUAUGUGACCAUCAACCCAGGGACUGGCGACUCCGACGAUCGCACGUGGCCCAAUGGCAAGAUCCCAUACUGUUUCGAGAGUUCUGCGACCAAGGAACUCUUCUUCGAGGAUCUGCUCGAGGCGAGGAAGCUAUGGGAGAAUUCAGGUCUUGGAUCUGGAUUCGAUUGGGAAGAGAAAGACGCUUCUUAUUGUAACAAUGACGCAAACAGGCCAAACUUCCUUCUCAUUGCCAAGAGUGACGGGCUAUCCUGUACCGUUGGUGUACCGCCUCGUAACAAGAUGAGUGAUGGUGCAGAGAGCAGAGGGCCUCUGAUGAGGCUGACAGCUGAUCUUGACAUUGGUAAACAGAACUUGGUUGCCAAUUACGCUCAUCAGAUGGGUCAUGCCUGGGGCCUUCACCAUGAGCAUCAAAAUCCAGCCUUUUGGUCAUCCGACUACGCUGCUGCCGGCGGGAAUGUUUUCAGUAGCUCGAACUUCAAGUGCGAGAAUCUGAAGGACUACGCCAGCGUAUCCGCUACACUGUCUGCCGAGCAAAUGAAGAAGGCUUGCACUUCGAGAGCCUUUGCAAAGUCUUAUCGAUUCAGCGCUGCGGAAUACCUGCCAUUCACCGAUUCGACUGCAUACAGAGCGAGCAAAUCAGUCUCGGAGCCUGAUUGGGACUCUAUCAUGAUCUACGAUAGUGGCAUGGGAUCAGUCUUGACCAAGCCGAACGGAGAGCAGAUCAAGCAAGUGCUGGCCCCCAGCCAGCGUGAUGUAGAGGGCCUGAAGCAGCUGUAUGGCGUUUCGCCUGAGUCGAAGUUCAAUCCACUGGGAAGCAAGUCUAGUUCCUACAAGAACAAGUUCAAUGACAUCCGCAAGAAGGAGAGAGACAGUGGAUGCGGAACGGUACCUGACGAUGAUCCAAAAGGGGAAGUCGAAUGUAGCCCUGCUACCUGUGGUGGUGGCUCUUGUCCGGCGAAGAGAGCGCGAGCUGCAAGAGCUACAAGCGAUCUAAAGUCGUCACCUCGUGCGAUCCCGGCAACGGCCGACAGCAAGUGGGGUUUCUUGAACAAACCAUCCCAAGGCGGACUGGACGCCUUCGUCAAGGACUUCAUCGCCACCAAGCCAUUCUUAGCGGAUUUGGAGAACCUCGAUAAAACCUCACCUUCAACUUCCAUAUUCCUGGAGUUCAAGGAUGGUGCAUUCAUGGCAGGCGUCAGGGGUCUUUACGGAUGCACAUCCGUAGUGCUGACUUCGCAUUGCGGAAUGUUUAUGUCGCAUCAUUGGGAAAGGUGGUGGAAGACCAAAGAAUCGACUGAGGAGUUUGAGAAAGCGGUUAUUAAUCCUUUGGUAGAUGGCGAUGUCAACAACCCCUCGUUCUUGGGGUUCCCUCAGCUUCCACAAAACUGCUUCACAGCGGAAAAAAAUCUCAAGGCAACUGUAUUUGCGCCAACAUUUCUUGCUGGUACCUCUGCAAACUGUUGCCAAAUCGAUGUCGCUCUCAGAGUCUGA